AUGUCAAGAAAAAAAAGUCAAAAUAUUAUUACAAUACCACAUGUUAACAUCGUAUUACUUAUUGUUGGUACAAGAGUUUUUCUUUUUUUAAGUCUCGGUCGUGUACUUUUAACAGCUGGUCAUCGUGUUCGUUUAGCUACACAUGAAACAUUUCGUAAAUUUGUUCGUGAAAAUGGUUUAGAAUUUUUUCCAUUAGCUGGUAAUCCAGCUGAUUUAAUAUCAUUUAUGGUAAAAAAUUCAGGUAUUAUUCCUUCAGUAACUAGUAUUACUGCAGGUAAUCUACUAAAACAUCGUCAUGUUAUAACUGAUAUUCUUACAUCAACAUGGCAUGCUUGUACUAUUGAAGAUGAUGAAACAGGUAAACCAUUUACAGCUGAAGCUAUUAUUGCUAAUCCACCAUCAUUUGGUCAUAUACAUUGUGCACAUAAAUUACAAAUACCUCUACAUAUUAUGUUUACAAUGCCAUGGUCACCAACAACUGCUUUUCCACAUCCAUUUGUUACAGUUGAUUAUUCAAAGGCAUCCGUGGAAAAAGUUAAUAUGUUAUCCUAUAGUGCUGUCGAAAUGUUUGUAAGCAAAUGA